GUAGGUACGUUCAACAAUUCAAUCUUUCUGGCUGCCUGUCAUUUUGUCAUAUGUUAUUUUUCAAUUCGCAAUUUGUGAAAAAUAAUUAAAUACGAUUUAUAUACAUUCACUAAUUUUAUAUUUCAAACAUUGAAUCAGUUAUGGAGCCUGAAUCUGAAGUUAUUAAAGAAAAAAUUCACACUGAACCCCUAUUAAAUGAUCCACGAUACAUAACCUUAUUAAGUGUAAUAUUAUUAAUCUUCACAUUAGUUUUUUGGUGGUGUUUUUCAAGACGUCGUCACUUACGAAACUCGGUCCUUCUAACGGGUCUUUCCGAUGCCGGCAAGACGCUGCUAUUUGUAAGGCUUGUGUAUUCUCAAUACCGCCAAACUUUUACUUCCAUGAAAGCAAAUGUGGAAGAGUAUAUAACAACCAAUAACACAUUGAGGCUUGUUGAUCUACCUGGACAAGAAAGAUUGAGGAAUAAGUUCUUUGAUCAGUUCAAAAAUAGUGCAAAAGCAAUAGUUUAUGUUGUGGAUUCAGUAACUAUUCAGAAAGAAAUAAGAGAUGUGGCAGAAUAUCUGUACACAAUUCUUGUGGAUCCUGUCAUUCAGAGCAAUUGUCCUCCCCUACUAAUCCUCUGUAACAAGCAGGACCAGCCCAUGUCAAAAGGUAGUCAAGUGAUAAAGAGUCUGCUAGAGAAAGAAAUAAAUCUUGUACGUGUCACAAAAUCCAGCCAGUUACAAGCCGUGGACUCAUCUCAAACAAAUAACACCUACAUUGGAAAACUCGGCAAAGAUUUUGAAUUCUCGCAUUUAAAUUGUAAAGUUGAUUUUCUCGAAUGUUCAGCUAGCACUGGGGAAGACGAUAGCCCCACGGAUUACAAAGGGUUACAAGAUUGGAUCUCAAGUCUUUAAUUUUUUUUAUUUCAUUUGUUUUAUUACUCCUUUCCAUGCUUGAAGACUUAUUAGGCUUAAUCACAAUUUUUAUAAUGUGAAUAAAUUAUGCAUUUACAACUAUUUUUCAAGAAAUAUAUUUUAUAAAAAAGUUAAAA